AUGUCUUUAAAGACGUUGCCAUUGCUGGUUAUGAACCUCGGAGGGGAAAUGCUUUACGUUUUGGAUCAACGACUUCAAGCUCCGAAUAUCCCAGAGGAUAAAUCGCAAAAGGCUGGUAUUUGGUCAGAGGAUGACAGGAAAAGAGUGUUGAGUGAUAUCAUUGGUACCAUGUUCAACAAGCCCUUCAUGGAGGAACUGUUGAAGCCCCAGGAUAUUUACUCUCACAGGGCAAUGAGGACUCUCUUGACACGUAUAGCACACGCAUCAAUCAUGAGGCUCAACCCUGCUAGCAUGGAUAAGUUGUAUGACCUGAUGGUCAUGGCAUUCAAAUAUCAAGUGCAACUCUGUCCAAGGCCCCGUGAUUUACUGCUAGUGACAUUUAAUCACAUCGACACUAUUAGGAGUUUUGUAAAACACAACCCUAGGCUCUCCAACCAGAUAGAUGAGGCGCAACGACAAUUAAUUGAGAUGUAUAAACCUUUGACUGAUGGGGAGUUCCAGCUUAUCAGACAAACUCUACUAAUCUUUCUGCAAGAUAUGCAUGUCAGGGUGUCAGUGUUUCUCAGAGAGAAGCUGCAGAAUGCCAAUGGCCACUUUGUGCUGAACACCUCCGGGCCUGUACCUCAAGGCUCAGAUGUUCCCGGCCUAAUCAGGUUAUUUAACAAUCAGGGGAAAGUGGUGAAGCGAUGUGAGUUCCCCAGUGGUGGCACCUACACCAGUCACGUGCGUGAGGGCUCCUUCGAUAUGGCUGGGGACCGAGUCACUCGACUGGGCACCAACAUGUACAAUGAAUCAGCGGAAAAUACACAGACCUCAGGAUCUCCCAAGUUCAAGCAGAACUCCCAGGCUGACACAACUCCCAACCCUUUGGCUAAAGAGGAACUGAACCUGCUGGCUAGGCUGAUGGGAGGUAUGGAGGUACAGGACAGCCCUAGUGGGAACGCGGCCUUCCGCGUCAACCUCUUCACCACGGACCAGGAGGAAGAGGAGGCGGGAACUGCAAGUGAGACAGACAGAAUGUUCAGUGUCAUAAAUAUCCAAGCAACAAAGGACCACCGUGCCAAUUCUGAACUGGCCAGGAUUGCUGGCGAGUUCACCGAUCACGAGGAGACUUCAGACACUCCCAGCAGCAAAGGGGACCACCUGCUGUCGCUGAUGGACGACCUGUGA